UUCCACGUUGAUAUUCAAUGAAAAAACCCGAAGUUCCUUGGAGACGGAAGUGGAAGAAAAUGACGGUGGUAAUGGCGAGCUUCGUCAGCACCUCUGCUCCUACAUUACUCCAUCGCUCUCGUUGUCUAUAUCUUCCUCGCAGCUCCACUUGGACAAACCCGUUCAAGAUUGGUUGGGUGCAGAGGGCGACGAUGCUGCCCGUGAAAUGCUGCUCCGGGUUGAGAGAAAAUACAGAAACGGAAGCAGAGACAUCCAAGCCUCCACCUCGGAAUAUUUCUACAUACAAUUGGUGUGCAGGGCUCGGAGCCUUAGGUUUUCUGGAAACUGGAUACUUGACUUAUAUGAAGCUCACCAAUUCUGAUAUCUCCUGUCCUCUUAGUGGAGGCACUUGCACUGACGUUCUUAACAGUGAUUACGCCGUUGUUUCUGGUGUUCCUCUUCCAUUAUUUGGUAUGGUUGCAUAUGGUUUGGUUGCAGCACUUGGUCUACAUCUGGCUGGAAAGAAAUUUCUUUUUGGACUCGGUGAAACUAAUGGCCGCUUGAUUUUACUUGGGACCACCACUUCAAUGGCAGCAGCUAGUUCUUAUUUUUUGUAUCUUUUAAGCACAAAGUUUGCAGGAGCAUCAUGCUUAUACUGUUUAGUAUCAGCUUUGCUGUCUUUUAGCUUAUUUUUUAUUGUUUUAAAGGAAUUUGGGUUGCAAGAGAUACAAAAAACGGCGGGUCUGCAGUUAUUAAUAGUUAGCAUAGUGGUUGCUUCUUUAAAUGUUUCGUAUAACACUUCUAAACCUGUUUCUACGAGCUUUGCUGAAAUUGAGCUGCAACCGUUUACAAUUGAGAUAACAACAGAAUCAAGUCCUCUGUCUCUUGCUCUUGCAAAGCAUCUAAACUCCAUAGGAGCUAAAAUGUAUGGAGCUUUCUGGUGUUCUCAUUGUCUAGAACAGAAACAGAUGUUUGGGCGUGAAGCAGCAAAGCUCUUGGACUAUGUCGAAUGCUUCCCAGAUGGAUAUAGGACAGGAACCAAAAUAGCCAAGGCAUGUUCGGAUGCUGGAAUUGAUGGCUUCCCGACUUGGGUGAUAAAUGGUCAGGUUUUGAGUGGAGAGCAAGAUUUUCAAGAGCUUGCACGAGCCUCUGGAUUUAUUCCUGAAGAUUUUGAUCCUGCCACGUAAGAUCCCGCAUUGCUGUUGUAUUAAACUGAAUGUACAGGCGUACAGCUACAGCUAGUGCAGCUUAUUAAGGCAUUGUGUUGUAUUUGUUCUCUGUUUUUAAGUAGGUCAAAAAAUUUGGGAUGGUUUUUUGGAGACCAGAUUGGUUGGAGAGAGAGUUAUGUACACUGGGCUGGGCUACCUAUCACGACUGAACACACCGGUGUUCCAUACUCGUAAGGUGUGGGUCUCAUGUGGGCCCAUCUGUACUGGACACUCAUGUUCACUGUGCAUGAUUUGGUCUCCAACUCAUUUGGUUCCGUUUUUUAAAGCAGUAGCACACCCCCUCCCUCAA